CGCAGCAUGUAAGACUUAAGGAGCCGUUUUUUUGAUGAAUUUUGAAAUUAGAGCAUCCAAAUAUAGCCCACAAUAGUUAAAAAGUAUGUAUUUGCAUGCAUGAGAUAACUCUAGGGUUUUUUUUAAUUUAUGGUGGGUGCAAAAAAGUUUGGAUUCUUUUUGUAAGUGGGUGUUAUGGAGGGAGAGGGAGAGGGUGAAGAAGAUUCAUCGCCAUCACCAGAACAUCUAGAUUGUGGAGGAAGUCGAUCUGCUUCUGUUUUAGGCGUUGGAAUUAUAGUUCUCUUUGCUUUUCUUGCACUGCCCUGCUAUUUUACGCCUCCAAUUUGCAUGGUUUACGUUGGAAUCUGUUGGAGUGGAGUCGGUAUUCCCUCACAUGGACAGCCAGCUCCGCUAAUUAAUCCGUAAGAUAUUUCUGGAAUCUGUCUUUUUUCUCUCUCUGCCUCUGUAUUAAUGUUUGUCAAACCCUAGCUAUUGCAUGCACACGAAAGCAAAAUGGAAAACAAAACGAGCGUUAAGGCGGACAUGGAUUACGGUAAGGAGGAACGCAUGACAGAAGGAGGCGGCGAGGAUGCGGAGGAGCGGGGUGGGAGUCUGGUGGGGAGGUUUGUGAAGAAGGACUUUGGAGAAUAUGGGGUGUUUGUUGGAAAGGUGGCUUACUGCGUAAAGGGUUUUUAUAGGGUUAAUUACGAGGAUGGGGAUAGGGAGGAUUUGGAGCGUCAUGAGCUGCGUGAGAUUUUGGCUUCUCAGGAAGAAAUGGAAGGUGAAUUGAAGGACAGGAAGGUUAAAUUGGAGGGGAGACGGCGGGGUAAGGGAGCAAAAGGGAGCCGUGCUAAGAAAAGUGUUGCGAGGAGUGAAGGCUCGAAUCCUGGCGGUAGUUUACCGGAAUGCACAGGUCUAGGGGAAAAUGCUGGGGCUGGAACGGGAAUUGUUGCGAAUGCUGGAAAAACCAGUGAAAUCCUUACAGGGAAAAUCGCAGAGCCGGUUGAAAUUGUGAAACAUGUGGAGGCAGCUGAAUCUGUAGAGCCUGGUGAAGCUUCUGAGGCUGGUAAGGCUCCCGAGGCAGAAAGUGAUUAUCAUGUGGCUGGAGUCAACAUUGAAGAUGCAGAUAAGGCUACAGAGCCAGGUAAUAUUAUGGAAGCAUGUGGAAUUAUAGAGGCUGGUAAAACAUUAGAGCCAGGUACAUUAGGAGAGGUAGAAUCAAAUUGUGUGGCUCAGGAUUCAGCACGUAAGCGGCGGGGUAGGCCAAAGAAAAAUUCUGACAAUGCUAAGCAGCCUGGGGAAAAACCACCUGGGCAGGCGAAAAUCAAAUUGGCUGGCAUAGAGCUUUCUCAGAAGCGAGGAAGAGGAAGACCUAGAAAGGAUGCCAUUGUUGUAGCUCCUCAAUACAAUGCAAAUGAAAAGAAAUUAAAUUUAUGCAAGAGUAAAGAGAUUCCUUCUGAGAAACUGGGUCUGCCUUUUCAAUCAAAGAAGCGUGGUAGAAAAAAAAAGUCUCGAACUGGAUCCAAGUCUUGUGCACAGGAGCUUGAUGCUUCCGAGGAAUCUGAAGAUUGCAGUUGGGACAAAGAAUUGUUGCAUCCAAGUGCAAAGAGGAGUAAGAGUGGGCAGAGGAAGAGUGCUAGUCCUAGAUUGAGUGAGUCUCACAUUGAUGAUGAUAACCUGAGCCCAGAGGAGAGCUUUGUUGUUAGUAAUGAAGGCAUUGAAGAGGAUAAUCCAUGCCAAGAAGCGAGCUUCAUUGUUAGCAAUGAAGAGGUCUCUUCUGCUGAUGAGACCUUUGACAGUAAUGAUAUGGACAUAGUUUCACUGUCACCUAAACCUAUUGACAAUCUGCUUCCUCCGAUUUCGCCUCUGCCUCAAUCUUCAGGAGAUAUUCCUUUACCAGAUAAUUCAGUUCCUGACCUUUUAUCUGUUUAUGCCUUUUUAAGAUCAUUUAGUGAUCUCUUAUUUUUGAGCCCAUUCUCUCUAGAUGAUUUUGUGGGAGCAUUGAAUUUCAAGACAACAAAUUCACUUCUAGACAGCGUACAUGUUUCUCUUCUACGGGCUUUGAGACGACACCUAGAAAUGCUUUCAAAAGAAGGAAAUGACAUGCCAGUAAAAUGUUUGAGGCAACUGAAUUGGGAUUUCUUAGAUGCAGUGACAUGGCCAGUUUAUUUGGCAGAAUAUCUUCUAAUGCAGGGCACUAAUGGAAGGUUUGGGCAGAAGAUUGCUAAUCUAAAAAUUCUGGAUGGUGAGUAUUAUGGGAUAAUGCCAUCUAUAAAGCUUGCAAUUUUACAAUUUCUUUGUGAUGAUGUCAUGGAAGCUGAAGAAUUUAGGACAAAAGUUGAUAUGCGGAUGGGCCCUGAACGUGACAUUGAUGCUGAUGGGAAAAUGGACUUGUCUUCCACUCCAAGUGAAUUGUUUGCAGGAAAUCCCUGGCAUUCAAAAAGCAAGAGGAUUUCUUGUAGCAAAGGGAAUUUGCAGAAAACUUCGUAUGAGGACACAAAUUCCAUUUCAGAGAAUUCAAUCAUCCAGAACAAACAUAGAUUUUCAAAUAAUGAACAAGUGGAGCUUACAACUCUUGAGGUGAAUGAUGCACAAGAUUUUAACAGUGAUGAAUGCCGCCUAUGUGGAAUGGAUGGAAAUUUGCUUUGUUGUGAUGGUUGCCCUUCUGCAUAUCAUUCUCGUUGUGUUGGUGUUUCAAGAGCUUAUCUGCUUGAAGGUGCAUGGUAUUGUCCAGAGUGUGUGGUAAAGAAAACUGAUGCCCUGGAAUUGAAAGUAUUGGAGACGUUGAAUGGAGCUGAGAUGUUUGGCAUUGAUCCAUAUGGGCGUGUAUUCUUUGGAAGUUGUGGCUAUCUUAUAGUGUCAGAUUCCAUUUCAAGUCCAACGGCUUUGUACAGGUAUUAUAAUAGAAGUGAUUUUUCAAAGUUAUUUGAGGCAUUAGAUUUGUCAUUUCCCUUCUACAAUGACAUGAGAACUGCGAUUCUACGGUACUGGAAUAUCCCAGACAAGAUGAAUGAUUCAGCUUACCUUCAAAAUUCAGAUAUGAUUUCUGGCAAUAGCCAUCAGGAGUUGUCUUUUCCAUGUAUCCACGAGUAUCCAGUAAAUUGCAAAGAGGCUAGUGCAUUAGGUGUUACAAGUGUGAGUACUGAAUUAAAAGCUGGAAAAAAUGAUAGUACACUUGAUCAUGAGUGUCUACCUGAUUUGUACACAACAGGUUGGAAGAUGGAUGAUAAAUUAUUGGUAACACUUCUCAAUAAAACUAAAGAAAUUGAGCCUACAUCUGGUCAAUUGGAUCGGCAAGUUGUUCUGUAUGGUUCAGUGGAUAAAAAUGCAGAAGAAUGUGAAAGUAUUUUGGAGCAACAGGAAGCUGGACAGUUACUACCUGUUAAGAGUAGUUCAGUACAUGUACCACAACUGAGAAACCUGAAUGUAAAUGACAUGACAGUGGCCCAGAUAGAUGCGAAUAAAUCCAAUUCUCCCCCUAAUUAUGGGCAAAUUAAUACCAUCGAUAGAACAGGUCUGAAGUUGGAUACUAAAUCAAGCUUCAAACCAAAUGCCUAUAUCAAUCAGUAUGCUACAGGUGAUAUUGCUGCAUCGGCAGCUGCUAGUCUGGCUUCGAUGAAUGGAGCUUUAAAAAAAACAUUCGCAGCAAGAAUGCAAGAACACAUAAAAGCAUUUUCAAAGGUAUCUGGUCAAUUCUACUGGCCAAAUCAUGGGAAGAAAACAAUGGAACCACCAAAGGAUAGAUGUGGUUGGUGCAUUUCAUGCAAAUUGCCUUCAACUUGCCGCAGAGCAUGUUUGCUAAAUGUGGCAGCAUGUAAUGUUAUGGCAGGUGCUGCGAAAGUGCCUGGGGGUCUACGCCCAACAAAGAAAGGAGGGGGCCAUCUUGCAGCAGUUGCAGCCUAUGUACUACAUAUUGAAGAUUGCCUACAUGGGUUGAUGGUUGGUCCAUGGGAGAUUUCAGACUACAGAAAAUAUUGGCGAAAGCGUGUUGAGCAGGCCUCAACUGCCAGGGAAAUUGCAACACCAUUACUAGAACUUGAGCAAAAUAUUCGUCACAUUGCUCUAGCACCGGGUUGGACAAAACAUGUAGAAGAUCCAUCCUCUGUGGUUUCCUCUGUUCAUCUAUUUGCAAGUGGUUCUAUGCCAACUCCAAAGCGGGGAUGCAGUGGAAGGCGACAACAGAAAAACAUUGCUUCCUCCAUAACAGUGACUAAUCCAAACAAUUCUGGAGGCUUCGGAAUUUAUUGGUGGAGAGGUGGAAAGGUAUCUUACCAAGUUUUCCAGCAGGGUGUAUUACCAUGUGCUACAGCAAGGCAAACUGGACGGCAAGGUGGUUUAAAGAGAAUACCUGGAGUUUCAUACGCAGAAGGUACUGAUAUACCUAGAAAAAGUAGACAUUAUGUUUGGCGAGCAGCUGUAGAAAAGGCUACAAGUGUGGCACAGCUUGCAGUCCAGGUUAGAUAUCUGGAUGCUUAUGUCAAAUGGGAAGAUCUCGUAUCUCCAGAAGAUCAUUCUCAAGAUGUUAAAGCAGCAGUAGGCAAGGAGGUUGAUUCUUUCAGGAUCGCUGUUGUUUGCGAGAAGAAAUAUGAAUCUGGAGAGGUUAAGUAUAUGUUGGAUUUUGGAAAUCACAUGAAUAUUCCGAUUUCUAUUCUCAAACAUGCUAGAAAGGUUGAAGAUACACAAGAUGGCAUGAACAGAUACUGGUUAGGAGAUGUUCAUGUGCCUCUGUACCUAGUAAAGGCUUUCGAAGAGAGAAUACUCCAGGAUUGCCCACAGAAUGGCUGUAAACAAGAUUGGAAGGAUCAAAUCAGUAAAACACAUGGAAUCAGAAAGGGCAUAUUCCCAUUUUUUGUGUCCAAGGCAGAUUCGCACAAGACACACUCAUGUGGCUGUUGCACGGUGGAUUCAUUGUUCAGGAAAUCGGAUACAUGCAGUUCAUGUGAAGGUUCCAUCCAUUGUGAAUGUGCAGGAGGUACUGAUAGGCUAGAAAGAUCUGAAUUCAGUUGCUACAAGAGCUAUGAUAUGAAACCAGUUGAAAGAGGAGAUACUGAUAUCAUUCUUAUGGCUCGAUCAAAUACUGCACAACAGAAUCUUCCUGGUGUCAAUAUGAAUCCAACAUAUAGGAGGAAAUCCAGUAUUUCCUAUGAUCCAAAUGGCUUAGCAUGGAAGAAGAAUAACACUGAGGAAUUAGAGAAUUUUGUAAAGAACAAGAUUCUUCCUGCUUGUGCUAGUAAUGUGUGUGUUUCAGAUGGUCCUGAGUGCUUUACUUGUCGCGAGGCUUACAAUCCAAAGCUUAUGUAUAUAGGAUGCAAUUUCUGCACAGCUUGGUUUCAUGGAGAUGCUUUUGGACUCAAUCAAGAAAAUGUGAUUGAAUUGGUUGGAUUUAAGUGUCACAGAUGUAGGAAAAAGAGUUCACCGAUAUGCCCAUAUAAAAGAGAACGAAUUGACAAAAAGGGUCACUCUGCUAGGCGAGAGAAGUUGCCAGUUAAAAGAUCCCAAAUGAAAGUAAGUAAACGCAUAAGCCAGGAUUUAAAUACACCAGAUGGCAAGCGUUUGAAAGUAAUGCAUAGUGAGUCAGGGCAAACUCUAAAUGAGCCUUGGAAAAUUUUAAAUGGUGAAGAGAAGCAUGCUUCAAUCAAGUUUGAGCCUGAUUCAAAGGACACAUUACAUGAUCUGUUAAAAUACAAUCAACAGAUACAUGGAACAAUUGAAUCUGAACCUGAAAUGAAGCCUGCACCUGAGGCUUUUGUGUUGGAUAUCAAUCAGUCAGGCGGAGAGUUAAAAGUAUUUCAAUGCCCUGAAUUUUAUCAUGGAACUAUCAAAUCUGAGUCUGAUUCGAAGCAUGUGCCCGAGACUUCACUGUUGGAUAUUGAUCAGGCAGAUUCAAAUUUUCUGAAAUUCCAGCAUUCAGAACUAAGUUCUAUUGGCACAGAAGCUUUUUGUAUGCAAGAAGACAAGGGCUUUUCUUCUACAGAUUGGGCACCUCAUAAUCAAAAAAUUGAGGUGAGGGACAUCAUGCCCACCACGCUGGAACCUUAUCCUGAGAAUGAGCCACUUUUUACCUUCACAGAAUUGCUGGCAUGUGAAAAUGAUCAAAUGGAAGAUCUUGUUGAUCUCUCUCAAGGUAUUGUUGGGAGUUGGUCUGAUGGUUUGUCUACACGCAAUGAGUUAAAUAUGGAUUCUCAGCACCAGGAUCUCAUGAUCUCAUCAAACAUUUCACACACUCAACUAGAAAAUGAAUCGCUACAGGAAAAUAUCAUGGAUUUUCAAUCAAAUGAUGCAGCCAACUCAGUAGUCUCAGACGAAACACAAUUUUAUACUGUAGACAGUACAGUAAGCUAUGAUGAACUAGGGAAUACAUGUAAAGUCUGUGGCUUCACUGUUUUUCAUUCUGGCUAUCAGUGCAAGGUCUGCGGGGUAGCAAUUCAUCAGCAUUGUUCUGAAUUGCAACGUUUAGAUGUUUGGACUGGUUCUGGAUGGACAUGUAAUAAAUGCCAGGGUGGUUUGGAUGAAGGCCAAAGGGAUUAACCUCUAAUGAGUUGCAGUAUUUUUUGCAAAGUUUUUGCUGGAAAAGUUUUGGUUGAGUAGUUUUCUUAUGUGUUGACUCUUGGAGUUAAUUCCUCAUUUUCCAGAUAUUACCUUUAGGAGGAUAUAUCUGUGUAGCAGUGUAGCAUGCAAUUAAAUUAGCCUCUGGAACCUCAUGUCUAGCAUUUUCUGUAAAUUCAUUUUGCUGGAAACUGGCAGUUUAUGUCGUCACCUGAGAUAGUACUGCACAUUCAUUAAUUAGAAGAUUCCAAAUGUGCAAAUUAGCAGGUUCCAAAAGUUAGGUAAGCAACUAUUCAUGCCAUGUGGAGGAUAUCACCGAUCUUAUUACUCUUCAGCAUUUUCAGUGAUUUGGAUGGCUGUUUCAACUCCAGAACUGUUUCAGAAGGCUUCUGGAUUUGCCUCGAGACAAUAGCAGAUUUAUCCAUUCCACAGAUUAUGGGGAUAACAUAAAUGUGUACCCAGAAAAGUUUUGACGAUAAACACGGGUUAAUAUUCCUGUUUUGAUAAAUCCAUCAUAACAGUUUUACCAUGGGAAGCGAGAAGAAAACUAUGCAUAAGGUUGCCUCACUUAGAAACAUAUUACAUUUUUCCAACAAUUUUGCUGUACAUAUAUGUGGUUAACCUGCAGGUGCUGUUUUCGUUCCAGAACAUGCUCUGUCUGGUUUACUAACCUGUGCAAAAUGUAUAAUUAUCUCAUUUUUACCUCAUAAAGGAGAGGUCAAGUACUCUUCUGAGACAUGUCUUGAGGUUAUGUAAAUGGUGGAGGUGGUCUUGGCAUUAUCCAUAUAGAUUUCUUCAAUCAAUAAUUUACAGCUAUUGAUUAUGGGUUCUGAUCAAGAAAAGGUCAGAGCUCAUUCAACAUCGGAACAAUAUACCUGCAAUUUUGCACGUCAAGAAUUCUUUUAGAGAAAAAGUUAUCCAAUUAGUGUAUUAUGUGACUAAAAUGUGCCAAUAUAUUUUCAUGAGAUUUUCCUCAUACAAAGUCAAAAUUUUACUUAUGCCUUUGUAUUCGUUUGCGUUUAGAAUUAAGGAAUUGUGCCCGAGUUUCACUGGUUUGAUGCCGAUGAGAAAUUGUGCAUCCAUUUCGUCGUUGGUUUUAUUUUAUUGAUAUAUUGUUCAUUCA